CUUGUACAAAAAGGAGUUUCUAUUCUCUGUUCAUUCUCAGUUCUUCUGUAUUCCUCUCUGCCGGACAACAAAUCUGACCACGCGGGACUUUCACGCGCAUCCGAAACCUGCGCAACUUUAUAUUAGUGUGCAUGCGUCGACCACUUUAUCCGGGAGUGAUACUCUGGCAUUCAUUUGACAGAACAAGUGGGAUAAACGUUGUUGCAUAAUUAUAAGCAAUGGUGGCUCAUACGGUACUUCUGGACUUCACAGUGUCCAGCAGUGUAAUUGCUGACAUGGAGAAGCGAUCGAGCUUGAAGUCUGCAAUUGCUAAUGUACUAGCGGAACAUUUUGCUGGACUUAAGCCACUGACAGAAUCUAAUAUCGAUGGCAGUUUACUCAUUUUAUACACUGGACCCAGAGGCAGUCUAAUCACUGUUAGAGGAUACACAGAAGGUCUAAUUACAUUAAACAUCGAGUAUUACAAGCAGGAUGACCAAGAGGCACUGUUAACUUUUGAGCAGUGGCGAUACUUGGAAGCCGAUGUUGCUAUGGCUUUGAAUAGCCAACGCAGCAAGCGUUUACCGCCAGUAAGACGAGGAACCAUAUAUGACCUCUAUCUGACGCUAUCAGAUGAACGAUUGCUGGAAUACGACAUCGACAAGCUCGUGUUCGAGGCCAGAUCGCCGUAUCAGAAGGUACAAAUCGUGCACUCUAAAUCGCUGGGCAAUCUACUGGUGCUCGACGAGCUACAAAACAUGUCCGAGGCGGAUCUUAUAUACACAGAGACGCUGAUGCAGCGUGGCAAGGAAGACUACGCCGGCAAGGAGAUAGUGAUACUUGGUGGUGGCGAUGGCGGCCUAUUAUGGGAAUUACUGAAGGAAAAACCAAAAUUUAUCACGAUGCUGGAGAUUGACGACAUCGUUAUGGAAGCUUGUAGUCAGCAUAUGCGGAGCAUAUGUGGUGACUGCUUGGACAAGAGAAAGGGCGAUAAUUAUGAGAUUAUUGUCGGUGAUUGCGUGAAAGCAUUGGCGCAUAUGAUCGAAGAAGGAAGACAGUUCGAUUAUGUCUUUGGCGAUCUGACGGAUAUUCCUAUUAGCACAACGCCACACGGUGAUGCUUGGGACUUUAUCAGAGUAAUCCUCAACUCUUCGAUGAAGGUGUUGAAGCCCACUGGGAAAUAUAUGACGCAUGGGAAUGGCGCGUCUUGUCCAGAAUCCUUGAAAAUGUACGAGGAAGUUCUGUCGCAAUUGUGCGUACCAGUUACAUUCACGAAAGAUCGUGCUUUUGUCCCGUCUUUUUUCGAGGACUGGAUCUUUUAUCAAGUUUCACUGAAAUGAUGGAGUAAAGGAUGUCCGGGCAGAAUCUGGAGGACCAUACCGAAGCGGCCUCCUUACAAUCCUCUGCCUCUCUUAUGACCCAAACUCUACGCUCUAGUUCUAGCCUUAUUAAUUAAUGAAAUUAGUUCCUAAGUGAGGCGAAUCAAACUAUCAUUAAUUAAUUCACUUUGUAAAACAUUAAUUAAUUAAUUGCGCUGUUUUCUCCUGUAAAAUAUUUCCGGGAGAACCUUUUUAUGACAUUGACGUAAUGACAGCGCUGGAAGACGGGUCCAAAAUAAUAAAUAUAUUUGGUGUAUGCUA